ACUGUCUUUUUAGUGGGAAGAGGCUUGCUGAGAUGAGCAAUUCAGCUAUAUGGUCUCAGCUACUUCUACAAGGGCGCACACUAGAAACAGAGCCACACCCAUCCAAUUUUCCUUACGUGGGUUGAGUAAGAAGGUCUCAGCUUCCUGAGCCAGGGCUUACUCACACCACAAGGAACAGAGCCAGACCCACUUCUUUUCAACUUUUUCAGAAAUGAUUGUACCAGUAGCAAUAGCUUUGACAGUGGGUCUUCUAGGGUGGGCUUAUCAAGCACUAAAGCCUCCCCCUCCGAAAAUAUGCGGAUCGCCUGGUGGUCCUCCUGUUACUUCACCAAGAGUGAAACUCAGUGACGGUAGGCAUUUGGCCUACAGGGAGUGUGGAGUUCCAAAAGAAGAGGCAAAACACAAGAUCAUUGUCGUUCAUGGUUUUGAUAGUUCCAAAGAUUUGAGUUUACCUUUUGCUCAAGAACUUAUAGAGGAGUUGAGCAUAUAUUUCCUGUUCUUCGACAGAGCAGGCUAUGGAGAGAGUGAUCCAUAUCCAUCGCGUUCUGUCAAGAGCGAAGCAUUCGAUAUUCAAGAGCUCGCGGACAAGUUGCAGAUUGGGUCUAAGUUUUAUGUAAUCGGAAUCUCAAUGGGAGCUUACCCUGUUUGGGGUUGCAUGAAAUACAUACCACACAGAUUGUCUGGAGCUUCCCUGGUAGUUCCUUUUGUGCACUACUGGUGGCCUUGUGUUCCUGCUAAUCUAUCAAGAGAGAGCCUCAGCACUCUCCCCGUAUCAGAUCAAUGGGCGUUCCGAGUUGCAUAUUACGCCCCUUGGUUAUUCCAUUGGUGGAUGACUCAGAAAUUUUUCCCUUCACUAAGUGUCUUGUGCGGAAAUACCUCAGUUUUCAGCCGUACAGAUUUAGAUAUGCUGAAGAAACUCUCAGAAGCACCAAGUGUUGGUCAGGAAAAGAUAACACAGCAAGGACACCACGAAUCUCUGUACCGAGACAUACUGGCUGGCUAUGCAAAAUGGGAAUUCGACCCGUCGGAGCUGAAAAAUCCAUUCCCUGACAAUGAGGGCUCAUUUCACAUUUGGCGAGGCUGUGAAGACAAGAUCAUUCCUUAUAAACUAAACCGCUAUAUUGCAGAGAAGCUUCCCUGGAUUCAUUAUCAUGAAGUUCCUGGUUAUGGCCAUUUGCUUUUUCUUGAGAGUCAUCUAUGUGACGCUAUUUUAAAAGCACUUUUGCUUAGAGAAUAAGCUCCUAUGUUGAUAGCAGGCCUAAUAUCUAUAGGUAUGUUGUUGAGUAAACUAUUGAUGUUUCUGGAGCAACUAUUUCUUGAAUGCUGCAAUGUGCUACAUAUAUUUAGAAAAGUUCUUGUGUGUAAAGUCAUGGUUACAUCGCAAAAUAAUAAAACAUUUAUCAGCUUUGGGUUUCAUGCCUGGUUGUGGGCUC